AGAAAGCAGGACCACAGAUUGGAUUGUAGACCUCCGAGGAAAGAUAUAAAAACCUGAAAGCCAACACCAGGAACAAGCAAAGAGAGGGAAAACUUGAACUUACAAAUUUCAGGCACUUCACCAACUGCUACCACUAUAGAAAGAUGCUGGGUUGCAGAUGGGUCCUUGUGCACUGUUUGCUAGCAGCUACACUUCUUCACUGGAUCUCAGGCAGGUCACCAAUGGCGGAGGGGGCACCGGAGUUUCUGGAUUCCGUGAUGGUCCGGGACGCGGGCUCCAGCGCUGUAUCCGGCGAGGAGAAGGCGGCGAGCGACCUGACCACCAAGCUGCUUCUGCUGGACAAGCUUGUGAGCCUGGAGAAUGAUGUCAUGGAGGCCAAGCUGAAGAGGAGCUUCCCUGGCUUCAGCACGCCACUGGACAGGCUGUCCAUCAGCACCAUGGAACUGAAGGGCAAACAAAGGAAAGUAGUCGACCCUCCCAAAAGACGCUUUGGUGUGCCGAUAGACCGGCUCGGGACGAACCGCAUGGUCAAUGGCAGGGACUAACACUGAGAAGUGGGAUGUCCCUGAAACAAAGCUGCAUGGAUGGACUGUCUUGUCUUUUUCUUCAAUUAUCUACUGACUUGUCUCUGUGUAUCACCCCUAAACCACUGCAGCUCCAGGCGGGUGGUAGAAUGCAUCCUGGCCCUUUCCAUGCUGCCGUGUCUCAGCUUAGACAGUAACCAGCUUAGCACUAGGAGGACCAACCACUGAUGCCCGUUUCUAGAGCUAAAUCAGCAUGCUGUACAUAUGUUUAUCACACUGCACUGUGUUAUCCAGUCUAUCACCACACUUGCAUAAACACAUACCAACCCCCCCCCCCCCCCCCCC